UACAAAUCUAUUACAUUUAUUGAGGAAGAAGUCAUCAUGGCAGAAGGAGAGGCUGUAAAGGUUGCAGUGAGAGUAAGGCCAUUUAAUGGACGGGAGAUCAAUAUGAAUGCUAAAGUGUGCAUGAGAAUGGAAGGCGCUACAACAUACAUCAGCGAUCUGGAUGGAGGUGACGAGGAGAAGUUCUUCACUUUUGACUACAGUUACUGGAGUUACGAUGGCUUUGAAGAUAUUGAUGGAUAUCUGACUCCUUCCAAUGAUCAAUAUGCUGAUCAGAAAAAAGUGUUCGACGACGUAGGAGUUGGUAUCCGAGAUAACAGCUGGAAUGGUUUCAACUGCUCACUUUUUGCUUACGGACAGACUGGUUCCGGAAAAUCUUACUCCAUUAUAGGUUACGGUCCGAACAAGGGAGUUGUACCUCUGUACUGCGAGGAUCUGUUUAUAAAGAUGGCAGAACUCCAGAAAGUUAACCCUGAUAACGAAUACCAGGUUGCUUUCUCGAUGUUAGAAAUCUACAAUGAGAGUGUGUUUGACUUGUUAGCCGGGAAGCAGAGAAAAGCAUUGAAGAUAAGACAGAGCAAGCAGAGGGGUUUCUUUGUUCAGGGUCUAAAGAAAACACCCGUUGGUAGUUACAUAGAAAUUGAAGAAAGAAUGGCUGAGGGCACAGCUAACAGAACAGUUGCUUCUACGAAAAUGAACGCAACGAGCAGUCGUGCUCAUACCGUGGUGGAACUAACUCUUAUACAGAAGAUAAAACAAGAUGGUGCUAACAUGACCAAAACCUCUGUUGUCAACCUUGUUGAUUUGGCUGGCAGCGAGAGAGCAGGAAGUACGGGAGCAACUGGAGCUACUCUAAAGCAAGGAGCAGCCAUCAACAAAUCUCUAUCUGCUCUUGGAAAUGUUAUUGCAGCUCUAGCUAAAGAGUCAGAAGGGGGAAGAACGAAAGUUGUCAUUCCGUUCAGAGACUCCUCUCUGACUAUGAUCUUGAAGAACGCUCUGGGUGGAAACUCUAAAACUGUCAUGAUAGCUGCGCUGAGUCCCGCAUCAGUCAACUACGAGGAGACGCUGUCGACUCUCAGAUUCGCGGACCGUGCGAAGCAGAUCAAAACAAAAGCAACAGUUAACGAGAGUCCUACAGAUAAACUCAUCCGGGAGCUCAAAGAAGAGAACGAUAAACUCAAGCAGAUGUUGGAGGGUGGUGUUAUUGAUAAGAGCAUGGUGAAGGAUGACGAUGAGGAAGAUAUUUCAGACGAGGAAGUUCAGGCCAGGUUACAGGCUCUAAUGGACGAGAGUAACGCAGAGAAGGCCAGCAUGGAACAGGAAUGGAAGGACAAACUGGAAGAAGCCCAGAAAGCCAUUGAAGCUCUAAAAGAGGAACAGUCCCGAAAGCAAGAAAUGAUGAAGACCAUCCCUCACAUCACCAAUCUGAACGGGGAUGAGCAGCUAUGUGGGAUGAUCGUCUACUUCUUCGAGGAUGGAAAGGAGAACAAGGUGGGCACAAAAGAUUCAGACCCUCCUAACGAUAUCGUGUUAUCAGGUCUUGAGAUCGAAUCUUCUCACUGUCUUAUCACUCACUCAGCAGCUAAACUACUGAUGGUAGUGGCUGAUGAGGCUAGAGUCUAUGUUAACGGAGAAUAUGUUUCUGGUAAACUGGAACUGAUGCAUGGUGACAGGCUACUACUGGGAGCAAAUAACCUGUUCACGGUGGUGAACCCUGCAGAGAGGGAGGCUGCAGAGAAAGCGGGGAUUGAGUACUUUAAGUUCACCUACCAUGAUGCCAUGUCAGAGAUUCAGAACCUUGGUAGUGGGGACGAUGCUCAGAAAGGAGAGGAGCUGUUACAGGAGGAUAUCGCAGUGUUGGGACCCAUGAUAGGAGAAGUUAAUGCUAUGAGCUGUGCUAUGAACAAGAAGGUGAAGUUCGAUAUCGUUAUAAUGCCCGAAGAGGGGAAACGAAGGAAAAAGGCGAUGGUGAGCAUGUUCUCGUACCUGACUUCCUGUUCCUACCUCCUGUCACGUGAAGACUUCAUCUCUCGCAAGUAUAAGAUGGAGGAAAUGUACCAACAGUUUGUGGAGGGUGACGAAUCUUGGGAGUCAGUACCCGCUUCACCCCAGAGUGAGGAUCCGUUUGUGGAAGAUGAAAAUAAAGAAACAACAAUAGGAACUGUCAGCAUCUCUCUGAAGAGUCUUGGUUACUUGUUCGAGCAAGAACAGAUGCUAACGAUUACGAACUAUCAAGGAGCAGCUAAAGGAGAACUCAGGGUGGAGUAUUACCCAGUGAAGGAAGAUGGUUCUAUCAUAACGGAGGAGGACGACAUAUUUGUAGACGACCCUGACACUUUGGUCGGACAGCCGCUUAGAUUCUCCCUGAAGAUCCCCUACGCUAGAGGCAUACCAAAACGUUUUGAGAACGUGUUCUGCAGAUACAGAUUCUUCCUGGACACUGACACCACCUCUACUGGCCAAGUAACCGGUCAGAAUCCUGAGUUCGGCUUCUCCCAGACACAUUCCUGCACCCCAGUUACUGAUCAGUUUAUAGACUACCUGGAGAAGACGAGUCUUGUUAUUGAAGUGGUAGGAACCCAGAUACCAACUCCAAUGAAAGCUGGAGAUGAGAGAACCACCAAACAAUUGAUGGCUUCUAACUUCUCUUUGAACCAGACCCAACUAGCAUUGAUGGAUCCUGAGAAACAGAUCAUAAUGGGUGAGCUGCAGUCCACACAGAGACGAGCGAAGAAACAGCAAAAUAAACUGAUUAAAGUACAGGAACUACUGGAUGCUGCGAAUGAUAACGAAUCUGAAACAAUAUCAGUUGCUGACCUCCAGAAGAUUCUGGAGUCAAAUGCGGAUUCUAUGGGGAUCUGUGUGGCAGGACUUCUUGCUGUUCUAAAAUUUAGAAAAAAUUCUAGAAAAAAUUCUAAAAAAGAUGAGCUUAAAUUGUAAACCUCGAACUUCGAAGUGGUCAAAUUGGUGUCAGUAUUAGAAGUGAGUGAUAGAGGGGAGGUGGUGCAAGUUUUUUUCUGGCACGUGACAGUGAUUUAGUGAUUAACCAAUGCUUGCAGUUGUGACCAAUCAAAUUCCAGCAUUCCUGUCACGUGCUGAUGUUACCUGCACGGCCACCUCCUCUCCAUUGCCACGUGUAUUGAGAAUGCUACAUUAUUAGACUUAUAUGCUUCUUUUUGGUACAAUUAUUAUCUUAGUUCUAACAUAAAUAUCGAAUUAACUCAAUGCAUGAUCUCCAAUAAUACGAUUUGGUUGUGGAAGUUUAACUUUAGAGUUAAGAUUUAGAUGUGUUUUAGAACUUGUGUAAAAUCUGUCUCAGUGUCUCUGCACAGAACUAUAAGGCUUGUGUAAAAUUUGUCUCUGAACAGCAAGACUAAAGUCCUGUUUCCCCGCAUCUCUCCUCAGUUUUCAAGAUGAAGGUAUCUAAAGCAAGAGAGGAAGGUAACCUGUUUAAAACCACUGCUAAAGCUGUUAAAACUAACGAGGAUGUUAAGGAGGUUGCUGACCAGACCAAAUCUAAAGCGUGUACCAUACUCUAAAACUAUAAAACUAUAAAACUCUAAAACUGUAAAACUAUAACAAGGACUGGUAUAAUCUGGACUUUUAAAGUGUUCGGUUUUUUCCUUGGAAAGAUUUAAGAAAAUGACCAUGACCAGUUCACACUACAAAUUACAAUUUAUAAGAGAUGCCAGCCACAGUUUAGGUUUCAACUUUAACCGUUAAACUGUGGCUGGGAUCUUUUUUAAAUCGUGAUCUCAUAUUCAUAAAUAUAUACUUGCAGUUUAUCUAUCUGUCUUCGAAGAUUUACAACGCGUUUAAAAUGAACAAAUAUAUUUAAUAUUAUAUUGCCACCAUUGAAACCCGCUAAAAAACUAGAAAUAGCUCAUAAGUAAGCAUCAAUUAGGGUAAUGUUUCCGGCCAUCAUUGCGUUUGUUAGUCAUCAUUUUCGUUGCGUCUUUAAAUACAAAAUUUUCGCGGUCUAUUCAAACAUCAGGAACGCUGUUUGUUUAAGAAUGUAGUGUUUUUGGGUAUUUUUAACCCCUGUUGACUCAACGGUUUAGUCCUAGCACAAUUUUAUGCGAUGAAGUUGGCCCCUCCCCCUCCCAUGAUUACUUUUGCCAAUUCAUCAGAAGAAGUGAAACAAACCCUGGCUGAUUAGAGCAGAUUGUGCUAACAACGUGGCAUAAUAUUUCGGGGUCUUGCCUAAACAAUGUGAUCUGGAUCAUAUAGAUCAUUAUCCGAGUGCUUGUGGCAGGAUUAUUUCAACAUUUAGAUGCAGGUAAUUUAUUAUGGGAUCAUUUUAAACAUUCUGUGACAAAUAUAUCUCCAAGUUGUAUCAGUUUUUGCAAUUGCAACAUUUCAAAGAUAAUGUGCAGUGGCGCGUGGGUUAUUUUACUUUUGUUGUUCAUUUUAUGAGAGUGAUUUUUCUUACUGUACACUACGACAGUAAGAAUUUUCAUCUGUAGAUUCAGUAUUAUAUAAGUUAAGAAUUUUUACUGGUUACGAAUUUUUAGUCGUAUUUUCAUUUGUUUUUCAUCUCAGACAUUUUCCCUAAAUUAUGUAUAAUAUGUUAUGUAGAAGUUUUGAUGAAGUUUGUAAAUAGCGGAAAAGUCUGUGAUGUACUUUUAAUUAAGUACAAUUAGUGUACAUAUGUCACUUAUAUUUAACAUUGAAUAAGUUGUAGAGUAAUU